UUUGAAUAACUAGCUUCCGAAUGCUUUCUGCAUUGAAUUGUUUAUAUUGCGAAUGUGUGGAAAAAAAAUCACAACAGUUUUCCCGUAGGCUAUGUUUGAUCAUUUAUGCAACGCGCCUAUUAACAUGCCGCUGGACUGCGCUCUUGUGCAGGGAGACUUUUAUUUUUAAGGUUGCUUCCUCCAAUCAGCCUGUUUCGCCCACACCUCCUGCAAGGAUUAUAUUUCUUUCGUUUUCAUUUCCCGGAAAGGUCGAAUGUGAAAGUAGUGAACUUAUAUUUCUUCGAAGGUUAUACUUAAAGUUCUGUAGCUUAUUUAAAUGGAGUUCGCAGAGGUUUGACCUGCAGUUUAUUUCAUUUAUUGGCCAUCGGAUUACAAGGAAAUCAUCCAGGUUACUCAUGUGAUUAAACAAGUAAAGAACGUCCCCAUGGAAAAUACUUCCUCGUCACUUGUGGUUAAGCAAGAAAUCAGAGCAAACAGUCCCGCAACUAAAAUGCAUGUAGAGCAAGUCAACAUGUCUCCCAGUGUGCUUCGUUCUUCCCCAAACCAGCUUCCUCUUGUCAGUCCUCCCACCCAGGAGGACCUGUGGCAUCUACCUGGACAGCUACGAAUAAACCCAUCUUUGUGGGAUAAGGAGGAUGUUGCACACUGGCUCCACUGGGCUCAGAAGGAAUACUCACUGCGAAGGCCUGAAAAAGGACGUUUCGAGAUGAAUGGUCGAGCUCUAUGCCUUCUCACCAAAGAAGACUUCAGACGACGCUGUCCCAGCUCAGGUGAUGUUCUAUAUGAAAUCCUCCAGUGCGUAAAACAGCAAAGGAGGAAUGUUGUCUUUGAACCCCUGACCACAUCUCCCUCCCUGUCAACUGGACACAUCCAGGUCCAGUGCCCGGUCAGAAAUCCCAUACCCAGUCAAACUGUAAAAGAGCUGCAGCCUCACACAGUCUGUGACAUCCCAGUUUCCCUUGCCUUCACAACUGCAGUGUCGGCGGCUGUUGUAACCAGUGUGACCCACACGCCAGAGCCCGUGUCCCCUCCCAGAGAUCGCCCCUUGAUUAUCUACCCUUCUCCACUCACAGAAAUGAGUGGAUCAACUGCUGUCUUUGCGUUGGCCCACAACCAAGUUCAGUGUCCUAAACAAGCAGAGAGCAUCAUAAAUGAGCCUCUCAACCUGUCCAGCCGAGAGAAAACUAAGAGUUCACUGCACAAAGCCAAUGGCCGCAUCCCAGAGUGCAGACUGCUUUGGGACUAUGUGUAUCAGCUGCUGUGUGACGACCGGUACCAGGAAUACAUCCGAUGGGAAGACCGGGACAGCCAUGUGUUCAGGGUGGUUGACCCUAACGGACUGGCACGUCUCUGGGGAAACCACAAGAACAGAGACAAUAUGACAUAUGAGAAAAUGUCCCGUGCGCUCCGUCACUACUACAAGCUGAACAUCAUUAAAAAGGAGCGAGGACAGAAACUCCUCUUCAGGUUUCUGAAACUCCCACUGGACUUGAAGAAACCACAGGUGGACCAUGCAGAAUUCCCAGAAUGCACUUCACCUCAUGACAAAUUAUUUCCCGACAGCAGUCCUACAUACAAGACUAGCGAGGACUAUUUUGAGGUUUCUCCUGAUCGUGCUUCUCCACAGCCUCCUCCAUAGAAUAAACUGCACUAGAUGUCCUUAAAAGCCGUCCAACAAGACAAAUGAUAACAUAAUUAGGCAAAGAUUGUUUGCAGUUUGACCGUAAUUUUGGGAAUCAGUUUGCUGUGAAUUUAAGUGUGGAUUACUGCGUAGUACUGCGAAGUGUAUUACUGAUCAUAACGAACACUAAUUUAAUGGGAAAACCAAAUAAUCAUCAGAACUUACAUAUCUCUGGCUUGCUAACAUCAUUCAAAUGCAAUAGAUGCACUUAUUGACAUAUAAACAGGACUUUAUAAGAAGCCCUGCACAUGUGUUGGGGAUUACUGUGACAUUGUUUCAGUUGGUUUUGUGAUUUCUCAUGUUUUCACAAAAGUAUAUUGAUGCAGGCUUAUUGCCAGUUUGUACACAUCGUACACUAUAUGUCAAAAUUGCUUUUAAAAAUAACUUCAAGGUGAGGUAUUCUGUAAAGUUCUGUGUUGAUUGUCAAUGUUUUUUUUUGCUUUGUCAAAUAAACAUAUAUUUUUACGUCA